GUCGCCUUUGAUUAAACGACCCCAGUACACCGCCAAGCGAAAAAUGGUGGAAAUUUCUUUCAAUUUUUGUCAGGUUUGAGCAAAGUUUCGCAAAUUUGUUUGCUUGACGUUCUCUAAAUGUUUGUAAAAUUCUCCAUGAGAUUAAAAGGCUAUUAAUAAUGGUAAAUCUAAAUGCAUUUUUGGAUUUUAGUGUUUGGUAAAUGUAUGUUAAAUAGAGAAAUUGCAAAAAUAAAGAAGGAGGGUGCUGGUUCUCUUUAAAGGCGGAGACGAAAAAAAGGAAGGGAAUUAGCUUAAAAUAUAAAAGACACAAAAGAAAAAUAUAUAAGUUGAUGAAAAAUAUCCAAAAAACAAAAUGGACCAGCUUUUUAUGUUCUCAAACGAGUAUACUACGGAUGAUGCCGAGGAUGCUGCGAAUGGCAGUAGCAAAAAAGAAACAAAAAUUAAAAACGAGCCUGAAGAAGUAGCAGAUGAUGGUGGACACGAUGAUAGCUAUAUCAUGCCUGAAUCUCUUUUACAACAAAUGACAUCUACACCAGAUGCAGAAGGUGAAGAUGAUAAUACAAUUUUUAAUUUUGGAAUAGAACCAACUGCGGAUAAACGUCAGUCGUCGAGUUUAUCGAAACCAUAUAACUCAAAGAAUCCUCAAGAUGCGUUUGUUAAUUAUGAUAUAGCAAUAAUGUACAUUUGUCCAGCUUGCGGUUCAGAGUUUGAUUCGCAAAGCGCUUGGAAGGGACAUAUAAAUGGAGUUCACCAAUACAAUACACGACGCGGCUUGAAUUUCAUACCAAUUGACAAAUUAUAUCACAAAUGUCUAGAAUGUAGCAAGCCUAUUGCCAUGCAUGCUAUGGAGAAUUUGCUAAAGCAUAAAUUUACACAUUUACCCCAUCGCUGUACAAAAUGUAAACUCUGUCAUCGUUUAUAUAAAUAUAGACAGGACUUGAUUGUGCACUUGCGAUUGUGUCAUCGCGAAGAAGUAUUAUCAAUGAUGGGAAAUGCAAAAAAUAACUCUAACAGUAGCAGCCAUAACAAUAGUCGGGCAACUACACCCGCGUUGACAAAGGGACGAUUAGAGAUCAGGGAUAUUAAAGGUAAUGCAGUGGACAUAUUUGAAAACACAAACGACAGUGUUGAGGUGAAAAAUGAACCAUUUGAUCCUGAUGAACAAGACGGGGAAAAUUUGCUUGAACAAACCACAAUUAAAUCUAAGUUUCCUACCACCUCAAUUUUAGAAGAUGCUCUUAGUCGAAGUUCUUCACAAGUCUCCGAUCAACGUCAAAGUGAAAAUGCCAAUAUUAAUGAGAGAAAAUGUGAAAAGCACAUACAAUAUAUUUGCCCGGUUUGUAGCACGGAGUUUACGAUAAAGAAUGAUUGGCUCUCACACGUACAAGAAAUGCACAAUUUUUGUACCAUAACCGGACUUGGGUUUCGACAGCGUAUUCAUUCCACUGUAGAGUGUUUGGAAUGUAAAAAGGUUAUGUCUGAUAAAUCAAUAGAACAACUGCAGUUACACAAAUUCUCUCACCUCCCAUGUAAAGCAUGGGUGCGCUGUAAGCUUUGUUUCCGCACAUUCAAUAGCCACAAAGAUAUUGUAAAGCAUUUACUUACUCAACAUCGUCUUGAUAAUGAUGAGUAUGGCGAUGUGGCCGCCGAUGAGAGCCAAGACGGUGGCUCGUUAGAUCCAUAUUCGGCACCAUUAAAUGACAAUGACGACGAUCAAGCACUAGCUGACGAGCAAGGAAAGAGCGAUGUUCGUGAUAUUUAUGAGACGCAAAUAGAUUACUUAUGUCCAAAGUGUGGCAAAGAGUUUUUCGAAAGGAAAAUGUGGCGCAAGCACAUUGUCAAAGCACACCACUAUACCGAUUUAAAGACACUAUGUUUUGUAGUUUUGAAUGAGCAUCAACUGCAAUGUCGACUGUGCGGCAAAAUAAUUACGAAUGCCUACGGCGUGCAAAAUGCGCAACAACAUUAUUUCACACAUUUACCUCACAAAGCAUACAUAAGAUGUCGUAUAUGUACCAAAUCAUAUACGGAUCGCAAGGGUCUAGUUAAGCAUUUGCGCAAAGUUCAUCAUAUUAAUCCCAAAACCGCAGCAGCAGCAGCGAUUGCUGCAGCAGCUAGCAAGAACAUACGACCACAAUCAUCAUUCCAACAACCACAAACUCCAUCGCAGGUGAGAGCACCGCGUACGGCACCAGUUAAGGAAAUUGUUAGUCAUAACGGUGUAAUAUAUGAGAUACAAUUUUUGGAUGAAGGCAAUAAUGAUGAAGUAUUCCCGUUGAAUGAUUCAUCACCGUUGUUCGGUGAAGGCAGAAAUGAUGACAGUUUUGCUAUGCCCACAAAACGACAUGUAUGCCCUGAUUGUUACUCUACCUUCAGUACGGCACAAGCACUGCAAAAGCAUACUCGAGAACAACAUGACUUCAAGAAGCCCUCACAAGCUCAUGUCUGCUCUUUAUGUUAUUGUACAUUUGAGUCUGGAGGCGCAUUACAAGACCAUAAACUGAAGCAUCAUAUGAAAAAUUCGACGUCUACAAUUGAAAGCGAAAACAAUGACGAUGACGAUUUGCUUUUGAUACCUACUGGAAAUGAAGACGUAAAGACCAACUCCAAUUCAGGUGCUGGCGCACCAAGCAUUGAGCAAUAUUUUUGCUAUCUAUGUCCCGCAUGCGGUGAAGAAUUUAAAUCACAAUAUGAGUGGCGUCGUCACAUCAACGAUAUUCACUACUUCGAUCGACGUUACGAAUUAAACUUUAGCCAAAUAGAUAAAUUUCAUUUCCAGUGUGUGGAAUGUAAGGAAAUUGUAAAUAGUGCUAAAUUGAAAGGUCUACAAGACCACAAAUUCCGUCACUUGCCGUAUAAGCUGUAUAUAAAAUGUCGCCUCUGUAGCACAUGUUACAAUCACAAACCUAAUAUGAUCACGCAUCUACGUAUACGUCACAAUUUGGUAGAUCCACGUGAAUCACGCAAUUCCAGCCCAUCGAUGUCACCGUCGCCUCAAAUGCGCUUUAAUACAAGUAGCUCAUAUGACAUUCCAUCGUCCACGCAAGCAUUUAACGUGUUCAAACCUUUGACGACUGAGGAUGUAAUUUCUAACCACAAUGCCGUAGAUCACGAAUCGAUAACCUACCGAUGCCCGCAAUGCAAUGAAGCAUUUGAUACACACGCUCUAUGGCGUCAGCAUAUUGUCACGGCACAUGACCUUAACAGUCGGCAAGGAUUGAAUUUCCGUCAAUUAGACGCGCACCACUACAUUUGUUUGGAGUGUUAUAAACGCGUCACAGUAACACAUACGAAGGGUGCGAUUGGGCAACUGCAGUCCCACAAAUUCCGUCAUUUGCCAUACAAAUCUUUUUGUUGCACCAAAUGCUAUGGACUAUUUGUACGUAAACAAAUGUUUUUUAAGCAUCUAAAUCGUACAACCAAUAGGUGCCCGUUGUUAGGAAAUGAGCGCGUACCCAACUACAACACCAAAGCAAAGGGCUCACCCAUGAGUUUAGCGCGUCCCUUGCCAGGCAACAGUGGAAAUUCCGGUCCUACAAAACACCUGAACUUUUCGAUAACAUCUAAAGAAAAAUGUCCGUACAUUAUACAAUGCCCGCAAUGUGGCAUCAAAUUCGAAAAAUGGCAUCCAUGGCGCGAGCACAUUGAAAAAGUGCAUGCUUUGCAUAGCAUGGCAUCACUCAAAUUCAAAAAGAUCAACGAUCAUUUGCACAUUUGCAUUCAAUGCAAGGAGCGUGUUACAGGCGCAAAUUUCAUCAAUCUGCAAACACACCGGUUUAAGCACUUGCCUUAUGGCACCUAUCUCCAUUGCCGAUACUGUGAUGUGAGGUAUUACUAUAUGAUUAACAUUAUUAAGCACAUGAAGCAAAAACACCCAAAUCAUGGAAUGGAACAACUCGAACUACAAGUGGAGAGCAGAGGCGACGAAGUGGCUGAUCCCUCACCGGCCACAGUCAGUAUGGAGGUGGAUAAGGAGUGCGAAGAAAAAGAGAAGAAGGAUACUGACAACGCUGCCAAUGAUGAUAAUCAAGAGGAUGAAGACAAUGCAGUGAUUAUAGAUGAUGAUCAACAUGAAAAUAAAACUGUUGCGACAAAGGAUGUGGAAUAUGGUUUCGGUUGCGAAUCGUCGAUAUGCUCAUACAUUAUACAAUGUCCGCAAUGUGGUAUAAAAUAUGAUAAUUGGCACUUGUGGCAGGAUCACAUCGCCAGUGCACAUUCGUUGCAUAAACAUGAUGAGCUCAAUUUCACCAAAAUAUUCGAUUGGUUGGAGGAGUGUAACGAAUGUAAAGAACGUGUAAAUGCCACAUCUCUCGUUUAUUUGCAAACUCACAAAUUUAAGCAUUUGCCAUAUGGCAUGUAUCUGCAGUGUCGCUACUGUGAAGCCAAAUUUAACUACAUGAUAAACAUUGUUAGACACUUGAAGUCGAAACAUCCAGAGCAUGCACUGCAGCAACUGGAUCAACCCAGCGGGUUAGCGGAUGUUUUGCCAGAUAAUGAAAAUGAGAUAAAUGAAGAGAAGGAGGAGGAGGAGGAGGAGGAGGAGACGAAUGCUGUAGGUAAAACGAAGGAGUUUGGUAAUGUGGAGAUUGACGUCGAUGCUGAGGGUGAUGACGACGAAGAAGAAGAUGAUGAUGAUGAUGAUGACGAUGAUGAUGAUGAUGAGGAGGAUGAUGAUGCAAAUGAUGUGAACAAUGGCGGUGAGGACUUUGUGGAGCGUAUGGAUGUUGACGAUAAAAGUGAAGAUGAUUUCGAAGAAGGUGAGGAGGAUGAUGAUGAAAAUGACGACAAUGAUGACGACGAUGAGGAUGAUGAUGAUGAGAUUGAAAAUUAUGCUAAUGUGAAUGAUGUAGAAGAAGGCCCAGCUAUCGACAGUGGUGAGAAUACAAAUAUAGAAGUGCCACGAGGUGCUGUUGAGGAUAUCGAAGAAGUGGAUGAACCAGAUGAACAAUUCGUUUUAGGUUAAGAUUUUUUUGUCAUUAAAAUAAUAUACAUAAAUAUUUACUGUAAGCCAUUCGUAUUUACGCAAAUUGGUUUUUAUGAAAAAAAAAAAACACUAUGUGAUGUCAACACAUUCUAUAAUUUAUUUUAAUUGGUUAAAAAUUUUAAAUGAUUAAAAGCAUACCUCUUAACAGGAAGUGCAAACAUGGUGUAAAACGAGUUACGGGGAUUUAAUGUCUUAUUAUGAGUAUUCAAAAGAUAGCUUAAAAUAAAUUGUGUUAAAUGAGAAAUUUUGAUAUUUCGUAAAAAAAAUUCAAUAUACAUACGAGUAAUACAGGCGCGUAUAUGUUUCAGACUUUUUUUUGUUUUGAUUUUUAAGUAACUAUAUAAUAAAAGCUAUAAUUUUCGAUUUAGCUCAUAGUCCAAGUAACUCAUAAUGAAUAUACCUAGUGCCCUUUUGAGAAAAUAACUUAUUUGACUUGAAUAGGUUUUGCUUUCAGUUCGAAUAAAUUUUAUAAGAUGUUUUCUUCAGCUAAAGCUUGAACGAUUGUAUAUAUUAAUAAUAUCCUUUAACUCCGGUUGGAGCUUAGGGCCAAUAAUUAGCAGUUUAAAUAAUCCAUUAAAAACCGGCAAUUCAGUGCUUAACAAAAAGAAUGGGCUAAGUCGGCCUAAAUUGUUAUGUCAAAUGUGCAAUGAUGUGUAUGUUUUUAUAACUGUAGGUUUGGCAUCCAUCGUAAUAUAGAUCAGGAUUCAUCUCAUCUAAAAUAAAAACCUGUUAAAGUCAAAUAAGAAGUUCUACCAAAAGUGCGCAAAUAUCAAAAAAUAGCAUAUAUUUUCGCAUACGCAUAUUUAAAAUUGUCAAAAAAACCAUUGGCAGGCUUGAUAUAUACUCUUUUAUAUGUUUGAGAAAAGAAAAGACUUUUAUCAAGGUCGGCGCUCUAAAAUAACUUGAUAGUAUGCAAUAUGCGCCACUUAUUUUUAUUUUAGGGACUAAUAUCUAUUAUUUUCCACUACUAUUUCUAUUAUUUUUAACACUUGGCAUAUUUUCUUAAUUGAUAUUAUACUAUAGUAUACAUUUAUUGAAUUUUUAGCAACAAAAAAUGGUUAAAUUUAUCAACCACAGUAACUAAUAAUAAAGAAAUGCUAGCACUCAUAACGAAUUAAAUGUUCUUCCCCCUAAUUCAAAAUUAAUUUUCUUUUUUGAUAAUUUUAAUGCUCUACUGGGAACUAAUUAAUCGAAUCGAAUAAACAGUUUCCAAAGUAUCAAAUCCCAAAAGGCUACAGUGCAGAUAAUAUUUGGUUUUAAAUACGCCCGCAUAUUAUUAUUGUAAUUAUAAUACUUAGCUUUAAGUAAAUUUCUUAAAUAAUUCUCAUCUAACAUUUAUUUUCCAUAUAUUCAAUUACCUUGUUGGGAUAGCGCAUUAAUAAUGUAGCUAAAAGAUACAUAAGGAUCAUAAACGUAUUUUAAACUAAUUAAGAUAAAAAACUCACAUUUACUACAUAAAUAUAAAUAUUAUUAAAUCUCGAGAAGUGUUACGUGAAGCACUAGAAUGCGUGGCAACAAGAACAAAUUUUCUGUCUUAAGCCACAAUUUGUGUUGUCUAUAAGUAUCUCUAAUACGAAUACCUACAUAUGGCCCUUAGGCUAAUAAUAUGUAACAGAAAUCAAUAAAAUAAAUAUAUUACGUAACUGGA